CGGAGCCCGGCCGAGCCCGGCCGCUUCGCCUGCGUGUCGCCUGGCAUUCCUGAAGGGGCUGCGAGUGCGACUCCUGCUCCCGGCCUGGCAGCUCUCCCGGCAUGGCUCUGGAAGGCGGCGGCGGCGGCGGCGGCAGCAGCAGCAGCAGGUAAGGAGGUGAGCGAGGCAGGGAAACCGGCAGCCCUCCUCGCUGCCGGACGGAAAGCGGCUCCAUCUCUCCUCCUUUCCUUCCUUAUUUCCUUCCUUCCCGCUCCCCCCCCCCCAAAAAAACCCCUGCUUCCUAGGCGGAGGAGACUUUUAGGGCUCUGACUCGGGGGCACUGCAAUGCAGUCUCUCUCCAAGGCAGAGGGCUGGAGGGGGGGCGGUUGAUCCAGCAAAGAGGGAUGUCCCCCCCCCUCUUUGGGCUAAAAAAUGGGGGGGGGGGCAUGUGCUUUCAACAAGGAGUGGAAGAGGGAGACCAAGGCAGGGUCCCUGGGUUUCAGCAGGGGUGGGGGUGGGCAUAAGACAGCGCUUAACAAAUGGAAGGGUUUUUUGCAGGGGGGGGGGAAGAGAUGGGAGAUGCAGGAUGUCCCUGGAGUCCUGAUACUCCUGGAUGAGGUUCUCCCCAAGGCCUCCUGACAAAGGCCCGUCUGGUCCAGUCCCCUCGUGCUGGGGCUUCUCACUUAUCUCCUCUUCUUUGCCACCAGUUAUUUUCAACCACCCCCUGCCCCCCCGCCCUUUGUCUCCCUUAUGUUUCCCAGGGCAGCAAGUGUAGGGUUAGGGGGAAGGCGAGUCCUUGUGAGUGACCCUAAUUGAGCAGAAAGGCUACGCACAUUGACCCACGACAAAGCACACCUCUGAACGCGUGGAGCAUAAAGCAGGAUUUUGUGGCGUGGAUUUUGAAUCUGGAAGUUCUCAAACCGGGUUGGGGGCAGCAUCUUGAACUCUCGUGUCGGCCGCAGCCAGUGGAGCCCAGUGGUCAGGGAUGAUGGGUCUGAUAUGUCGAGAGGGCUGACCACCUCUGCAACUGGGACCUGAUUUAGUUGUGGAUGAUCUUGCAUGCGGUUUCGUUCCUUAGAAAGAAAGAGCCUCCAGCUGCCUGCAGUAUUUCCUGGGAAUACUGAGGGUCGAAACUCAGAGCGAUGGGAUAUUUGACUUUUCAAAAACCUCUCUUCGGUGUUCCCUCCCAUCUGCAUCCAAAGCAGAACUUCUUAAAAUGAAGGUGUCCAAGUCUGAAAUCUGAACUUUGCAUUUUAUAAUUUAGAAUUUGGUUUCUGAGGUGUAAAUUUCCACCUGCAGGUUCAUAAGUAAACAGUAGAUGCUCAGGACAGGAGCAGCCCAGGAGAUAUAGGCCUCUGUGCCUUGUUUGCUUGAGGGCACACAAACAUCUGGAGCCCAAAUGCAGGACCAAAUGGUGUGAUCCAGGAAGCCAAUUAUUAUGUGGUCCAUUUAUAGCCAUAGCUGUCAACGUUUCCCUUUUUAAAAGGGAAAUUCCCUUAUUCGGAAUAGGAUUCCUAUCGGGAAAAGUUGACUGCUAUGUUUUAGCCCCUCUUAUUUCAGUGGGGUUUGUGGGGUAAUCGUGUGCAAAUUAGAUUGACAUGAAAGGGAAGCUGCGCUGCGACAUCCACAUUGCAGAGUUAGUGCCUGGGCUGAGAUGGCUUCAGGUUAAGCGUGUGAGGUGGCCAUUAAUGGUUACAGGCCACUGUGACAACUAUACUUCAGCCAGGAUCUUCCUGAAUUGCUAUCAGUGUUAGAAACUCAGUUAUAUAAGCUAGGGGUCCAACGGCUCCUUAAACCCACAGUUGCAGUCGCCAAAUGGAAUGCCCAGUUGCCAUUUUGGGGCCAGGCGGCUCCAAAGCUGUAUUUUUCAAUAUGAUGUUUUGGUUCCUGAAAUUCAUUCUGACUGUGCAGAUAAAAUAUAACGGAGAUUCCCAGGCAUGUAUCUCAAGAUGGUGGAGACAUCAGGCACCAUCCUGGAGCCUGAGCAUCUUCACUUGGUCGCAAAUGGCCGAUAGCCAGGUGCAAAAUGCGCCUGGCGAAUUUCGAAUGCUGCUUGCUAUAUAUUAGCUGUAACUUUGCAAUUCAGAGCAAUGGCUCCUCAUGAAUGGCUUUGUGAUGGACAGAAGUUCUCUGAGAUCUCAGGCAAAUCUCUCUCUCUCAGGUCCUGUUAUUUACGAUCAGGAUUCCUUGGAGUUGCCGCAGGCGGUGCAGCUGUCAGGUUGUGUAUCUGGUAGGAUAGCACCAAGCACCCUCUGCCUGAGAGACCCUUUAAGGGUGAGGAACCUGUGACCCUCCAGAUGUUAUUAGACUCCAGCUCCCAGCAGCUCCAGCCAGUGUGGCCAAUAGUCAAGCAUGAUGGGAGUUGUAGUCCAGCAAUAUCUGGUGGGCCACUGGUUCCCCAGUCCUGCUUUAACUGGACGUCUCUAACUUGAAGAUGAAAGGCUCAGUGGUGAAAGCAAAGCAUCCUACAUUUAAUCCCUGGAACCUUCUAGGAAAAGACUCCUGCUUUAAAUACUAGAGAGCUGCUAUCAGCCCACGUAGAUAAAACUGGGUUCGGUGGCCCAGUGCAGCUUGCUAUGAUAAGCCAGGGAUUGAAGCAGGGACCACCAGAGACAUAGUCCUGUGGCCAACCCAGUAUUUCUGGGACUUGCCCCAUCUCCCUCAGAAGACCAUCUGGAGCGUUAGCAGGGCAUGUCUGGCCUCUGAGGACCCAGGUCCUCGGCCCUGUUUGAACAAGGUGGGGUGGAUGUGCUGGCAAAGGCCCUGCCAAGCCUGUGUUUGCUUAGCGUUCAAACUUGGUAACUCUGUGCUUGCUGGAAGGGCUGAGUAAAGUGCGUCAGCUGGGUGGGAGGUUGUUGCUUUCACAAACAGAAACACCAGGCCCUUCCCUUCUAGCCUCAACGGGAGGGAAGGAAGCAGGAAGCCUUCCCCUGAUAGCACGAGACAAAUUCUGACUUUCUUAGGCCAUCACUGUUUUCCCUCUCAGUUCAAUGAACCCUGUCCUAAUACCUCACAGGGUUAAUCUGAGGAUUAGUCAGAUGAGGAAAUGGUAUUUACGUCUCUCUUUAAAAACAUUUUUUUAAAAACCCUCAUCUAUGGCUCUAUACUGUACACUGAAAAAUAGUCACUCUGGUAAUGCUCUCCUAGGCAGGUCUUGUCAGAAGUAAAACCCAUUUAGUGGAAACCCCACCAUCAGGAGCAGUCUACCUGCUGCUCUCCUCCACCAUCACCAGGCACUAAGCACAAAGAAGAGGGCCAGUUGCCCACCCGCCUCAUUCCCAAUGCGCCUGAUCGGGGGCUGCGUUCUGGACCUCCCCAUCCAACCCCCCAACCCCCCGUACCUGGUACUUGAGCUCCAUGGAGCUGUGGCCUGGUAGAAGCACUCCCUCCACCCGGCCAGCAGCAAGAGGGUGAAGGCAGCAUCAUGCAGGGUGGGCAGCAGCAGGUGGGCCUUCCCAAGGACCCUGGGAGGGCCACCAAGAGCAGCAGUGGCAGCUGGAGUGCAGAGGCUGCAGCUGGCACCAUCGUUGGGGUCCUUCCUGUGGCCAGAAGGAGAGGGAAGCUGGACCGCUUCCUUGGAGAGGAAGAGGUGACUGUGCUCAGGAGGGAUGCAGGUGGCAGAGGGCACACAGAGCACAGCUCCAGCCUCCCACUAAGAGGGGGUGCUACACAUUUUUCUCUCAUUUUCAAAAUGAGCCGGCUGACUUGUGCGGAACCCAAAAACGAGUGUCUUUGAGUUUUGUACUCUUGUGCAAGACUAAAAGAUGGGACAUUUCGGAAUCCGAUCAAACACCAGGAUGGCUUCUGUCAUUCUGGGAUGUCCCAGUUAAAACGGGAUGGCUGAUGGGUUUGUAUGACAUACUGCUAUGCCUGUCUGAAGCUGCUGGUGUGAAGUGUGGUUUUGAACUGUGGACCUCUUGGACAUACAUUGUGGCUGGGGCGACCCAGUCAGAUGGGUGGCAUACAAUUAUUAUUAUUAUUAUUAUUAAUUGUCUCCUUUUAGGGCUGCCCACUUAGACUAUGUUUCUCUGUACAGUGGUACCUCGGGUUACAGAUGCUUCAGGUUACAGACUCUGCUAACCCAGAAAUAGUACCUCGGGUUAAGAACUUUGCUUCAGGAUGAGAACAGAAAUCAGGCGGCAGUGGCGCGGCGGCAGCGGGAGCCCCCAUUAGCUAAAGUGGUACCUCAGGUUAAGAACAGUUUCAGGUUAAGAACAGACCUCCAGAACGAAUUAAGUUCUUAACCCGAGGUACCACUGUAGUAGUAUGUCGUGCCAACACUUAAAUCACAUGGCUUCCCCCCAAGAAUUCUAGGAACUGUAGUUCACCCUUCACAGGACUACAAUUCCUGGCUUGCUUUGCAAACUACAGUUCCCAGGCUUCUGGCAAGGGGUGGUGGUGGGGAAGCCAUGUGAUUCAAAUGUGUUCUGAAUGUGUGGAUUGUGACUAUCUUACCAAAGGUCUCAUGGGCCAUUUCGGGGGAGGCUAACUGAGCUCUCUCUUUCUGCGCCUUCCUUCUCCGCAGCAGCUCCCUGGAGGCUGCCCUAGCCGAGUGCACAGAAGCACUGAACUGCUUCCUGAAAAACCAGUUCAGUGAGAGCUUGGAGAUGCUGCAACCCAGGUGAGUGGGGAAAGGGCCUGAUCCAGUCACCUUCGUGGAAAGCGGGGGACGGGGGGGGACACAUCAGACCCAGGGCUUCCCUCUCCUCCCCAAAAAGCUGUUGAACCUUCCUCCAGCACUCCUUCCCUGGAGCACCUGACUGGCCCUUGGUGUGCAACCGAAACAAAUUGGUAGGGUGGAAGGAAGGGAGUCUACGGGUAGUGAGGCCAAGUGGCUUUGGAGGAGAAUUUGACGCGGCAGCUAAAAAAGCCAAUGCAAUUCUGGGCUGCAUCAAUAGGAGUAUAGCAUCUAGAUCAAGGGAAGUAAUAGUGCCACUGUAUUCUGCUCUGGUCAGACCUCACCUGGAGUAUUGUGUCCAGUUCUGGGCACCACAGUUCAAGAAGGACACUGACAAACUGGAACGUGUCCAGAGGAGGGCAACCAAAAUGGUCAAAGGCCUGGAAACGAUGCCUUAUGAGGAACGGCUAAGGGAGCUGGGCAUGUUUAGCCUGGAGAAGAGGAGGUUAAGGGGUGAUAUGAUAGCCAUGUUCAAAUAUAUAAAAGGAUGUCACAUAGAGGAGGGAGAAAUGUUGUUUUCUGCUGCUCCAGAGAAGCGGACAUGGAGCAAUGGAUCCAAACUACAAGAAAGAAGAUUCCACCUAAACAUUAGGAAGAACUUCCUGACAGUAAGAGCUGUUUGACAGUGGAAUUUGCUGCCAAGGAGUGUGGUGGAGUCUCCUUCUUUGGAGGUCUUUAAGCAGAGGCUUGACAACCAUAUGUCAGGAGUGCUCUGAUGGUGUUUCCUGCUUGGCAGGGGGUUGGACUCGAUGGCCCUUGUGGUCUCUUCCAACUCUAUGAUUCUAUGAUUAGUGCACUUUGUCAUUGUUUCGAACUUUGUAGUCACUUCUGGCUGGAACACGGUGUGUGGUUAUGCUAAGAAGGAUGUGAACUAAUCUAUAAUAGUAGCGAUAGUAGCAAUAUUUUUUUUUAAAAAAACACAGUGGAACAACAACUAUUGGAGGGAGGGCGACUAGAAGCCGCUCUGAGACUCCCCCCGCUCCGGUAUAGGGCAGUAUAUAAAUUUAAUAAACAACAACCACAACAGAAGUAGCUCUGCGCUACCUCAUGCAGGGAGCAGCGAAUCGUAAGAGCAGGCGUCGGCAAAAAUCAUGAUGCAGGGAAAACUGUGAAGCCAGCCAAUGCCUCCAUGUACUGUAGCUCCAUCCUUAUUUCAGACACUGUGAUAUACAGUGGUACCUCGGGUUACAUACGCUUCAGGUUACAGACUCCGCUAACCCAGAAAUAUUACCUCGGGUUAAGAACUUUGCUUCAGGACGAGAACAGAAAUCGUGUGGUGGCAGAGCGGUGCCAGCGGGAGGCCCCAUUAGCUAAAGUGGUGCUUCAGGUUAAGAACAGUUUCAGUUUCAGAACGGAUCUCCGGAACGAAUUAAGUACUUAACCCAAGGUACCACUGUAUUGGUAUAUUGCGAUGCUUAGCUGUUGAUAUAUCACACGAUGCUGAAAACCAGAUAUCGCCCAGCCCUGGUCUAGUUCUAGUUUAGUGAUGUGGUAUAGGAGAGGAGAGUGACCUGGAAAUUACCUGCAAAUGUAAAACAAAAAAAUUAUAAUCCCAAAUGGGAGAAACCACUUACUCCAACUUUUGUGGUGGCGCUUGGAGUACCAGUGCACAUCCCACCAUUUAGCAUUCUGGAGGGGUUACAAAACCCAUAUAUUAAUUUCACAUGACCUUUGGAAAUUGAGACAAAUGCCUCAGCCAUGGCAUGUGACUUUUAUUGGUUGGCUACAGAAAUAUGUAUUUAAUGAGGUCUGUCGAAUCUGUGGAGUUCAUUGCUGGGCUUUAAAUGUUUUGUGUGUGCAUGCGCAAUCUGCUUUUUGUUUAAGGAAAGCAGUAUGCAAAUACCUUUAAUGGUAAGCACCCAUGUGCAAGUUAGAAGAUGGAGGUUUGCACCUUUUGUGCACGCUGGAAAAGAAAUGCGAACAAAACCCAAAGCCCUCCCUGUGUGUGGGAGGUUGCUCCUGUCUUUGCCAGCAAAAGCAGAGGAAGAAAAAUAGAUGAAAAGGAGAGCUCUGCUUUUCCUAAAAGCAGAGGAAUGCCGUUGAAUAUUGUUGUUCAAGCCUCUCCCUGUCUUAGAAGGGCCUCCUGCCUGCUAUGUGCAUGCUAUUAUUCUCACAAAGCUUGAUUUGUAACUUCGUUAAGUAUGUGGAUUUCUGGCAGUGGCUUCAAAGAAAUUAGACUGGUUCGAAUCCUGGUUCAUGGGUUCAACUCAGCAGGUAACUGGGCUAUGUGGAUUCAACCCCAGCAGAGUCUAAGUUGGGCCGAGGACAUUCCAAAAUCUUCAAGUGUUGACCCUUCUCCUUUUUAUAACUUAAUGAAUUGUGAUCAGGAAUGUGACCAUCUCUUUCUUUCUUGUAGUGCUGGGCAUUGAUUUUCAGGUGCAUAAGGGUGAAAUUCAAAUGUCUCUCCCCCCUGUCCCACAUCCUUUUGUGGGCAAAUAUGAGAAACAUGGAGGAAACAAUACAACCCUCCCUAGCUGUUGCCAUCAUUAAUUAAAAAAACUAUAUUGCCUGCAACUACACCUGCUUCCUUUUUUUGAUCCCUUUUGACAGGGCCAAAGAGAGCAUGUAUCAUGCCUUAAUCUAUGCCACCAUUCUGGAAAUGCAAGCCAUGAUGACCUUUGAGCACGACGACAUUGUUCAUGCUGGACACACAAUGAAAGAGGCACAAGAAAUCUGCCAGAGGUGGGGACUACCGGGGGGGGGGGGCUCUUGGGGUGGGGAAUGAGGCCUGUUUCUGUAGACUUCGCAUGGGGCACCUCUGAAGGGGUGUCUGGUCAUGUUAGGGCAAUGGAAGUAGCUUCUAAAUGGGGAGUUCUUUCGCCCAAAACCUCACCUGGCUGCAUCACUUGUGAGUGGGUACAGUGGUACCUUGGUUCUUGAACUUAAUCCAUUCUGGGAGUCCGUUUGACUCCAGAAACCAUUCGAAAACCAAGCCGUGGCUUCUGAUUGGCUGCAGGUGCUUCCUGCACUCAGAGCUGUAGCUAGGUGAUCCUGCGCCCCUGGCAGAACUGUCCAGAUUGUGCCCCCUAGCCACGGACAAAUUAGCUCUUCUUUCCGCCUCUCUUCUAAUCCCUCCCACCCAUUCAAUUCACCCUCUAUUUAAAACCAUUUCUUAUGAGGCAAUAAUCAAUAUUUAUAUUUAUGGACUGGACGCGGGUGGCGCUGUGGGUUAAACCACAGAGCCUAGGACUUGCCGAUCAGUAGGUCGGUGGUUUGAAUCCCCGCAACGGGGUGAGCUCCCGUUGCUCGGUCCCUGCUCCUGCCAACCUAACAGUUUGAAAGCACCUCAAAGUGCAAGUAGAUAAAUAGGUACCACUCCGGCGGGAAGGUAAACGGCAUUUCUGUGCGCUGCUCUGGUUCGCCAGAAGUGGCUUAGUCAUGCUGGCCACAUAACCCGGAUGUUGUACGCCUGCUCCCUUGGCCAGUAAAGCGAGAUGAGCGCCACAACCCCAGAGUCGGCCACGACUGGACCUAAUGGUCAGGGGUCUCUUUACCUUUACCUAUAUUUAUGGACAUUUUUUUAGCCGGUUUUGCGCCCCUACAUUGCCUGCGCCCCUGGCGGGGGCCCGCCUCACCACCCUCUAGCUAUGGCCCUGCCUGCACUCAGGCAGAAGCCGCGUCGGACAUUUGGCUUCCGAAAAAUGUUCGCAAACCGGAGCACUUACUUCGGGAGCCGAUUUGUUUGACAACUAAGCCGUUCGAGAAGCAAGGUACCGCUGUAUUUUGUCUUCUCCUCCUGAUCCAAGUCGGGAUUCAAUACUACUAGGCCAGCUGCUCAUAGGGGAGCAGGAAGUCUCAUACCCUUCUGAGUUGUUUCUUUAAGCAACAUUCUCUUCCUCAAUUUGAAAAUGGGUCUUCAGGGGUAGAUGGGAGUCGUUGGGUGGGCCUAGGCUCAGGGGAGGGGAGGGGAGAGGUGUUGGUGCUGACAGCCCAAAGAGGAUGCCCAGCUUGCAUUCUCUGGGGGUUGGGAUGGAGGAAGUGGAACCUAACUAUGCAUCUCUUUUGGGGUUCCUCUGGUAGGUUUCGGAGGAAAAGCACAGUGACCGGAUCCUUCUCCAGUCGGCUAGGCGGAGAUUCCUGUACUGAAGGUGAGAAGAGUUAGUGGCCCGGUUGUGGGGGUCAAGACCACUGCAUUUUUUCUUCGGUCUAUGACGGGUGGGGAAAGCUAAUGUUUGUGCACUAGCCAGAGACAUCUGGAGGCAGGUUGGACUACAGUCAUACCUCAUGUUACGUCUGCUUCAUGUUACGUUCUUUCAGGUUAUGUCCCGCGGUGACCUGGAAGUACCGGGAAGGGUUACUUCUGGGUUUCGCCGCUCACGCAUGCGCAGAAGUGCAAAAUGACAUCACACGCAUGCACAGAAGCGGCAAAUCACAACCUGCACGUGCGCAGACACGCCACUGCGGGUUGCAUUCUUUUCAUGUUGCAAACGGGCCUCCGGAACGGAUUCCGUUCGCAACCAGAGGUACCACUGUAUAUGGAUCUUGGAUCCAGUACAGAAAUCCUUAUAGUACCUACUCUGGCUCGUCUUGAUGUAGGCACAGGGUAGCUUGCGGAAAGGAAUACAUAUAAGAUGUGCAAUGUCUGGAGGUUCCCCCUGACUUUUGGGGCAGGGAAUCUUCAUUAUUGGCUGAUGUAUUGCAAAUAAGUAAAUAGUCCAGGCUUCCAGACGUGCGCAGGACAGAGAUCCAAGGUAUUUUUUCUUUGGCGCUGCUGUUUCCAGUGGGUGGAUGUGAAUGUUUAAGGGAUGAACAGAGGAGGACAUGGUAAGCCUGCUUAGGAAUGACACAUGUCUUCCCUGAACCUGUUCCUUUCCCCAUUGCAGAGGAGCUGCAUGCAGAAGUGUGCUACGCAGAAUGCUUGCUGCACCGGGCUGCCCUCACCUUCCUGCAGGUAAGGGGAGCUUCUCUCCACUGCAGGGCACAGGCCACCAGGGCAGCAGUUUUCAAGUGGUGGGGCAGGACCCCUUGGCAGGAGGUGUCUCAGUGACAGAGGUCUUGCAGCAGGUGGAGUCAGAGGCAUGCAGAGAUUUAGCAUUGCAGCCACUCACACUUCUAUGUUAACUUUGUUGUGCAGGUAAACAGCCACUUUUCUUCCUCCUUUCUCUGAUGGGUUGGAUUUCAGGAGGCAAAUGUCUCUGGUCCACCUUUAAUUGCAAUAUAUAUUUAGUGCCCCAAUCCACAGAUUCAUAUGUAACACAAGCCACAGACUGCAUGCAAGGAUUCUGUAUGCUACCUUAUGGGGAAGCCAGGGAAGAGCCGGCCAACAUGGAGCAAUUCCCCUUCCUGUUCUCCGAUUAGCUUCCACUAUCCAUGCCUGGAAUGGGGACCCUGCAGCCUUCCUGAUUCUGUUGGUCUCCCAGCAGCACCAGUCAGCAUGCCUGGCCCAAUGGUCAGAGAUGAUCAGAGUGGUCAUCCAACAACAUCCGGAGGACCACAGGUUCCCCAUUCCCAAUCCGUGCCAAGCUUGGGACCAAUGUGCCCAGGCACCCACUGCUUGUGCCUUCCCCUUACAGCAGUGACCUGCAAUGGAUGCUUGCAUUCAGCUGUCCCGGUGGCAUCACACAGACACAUCAGACUUAAGGAGCUGAGUUAUCUUCCUCAAGCUGAGGACUUUUCAAAAUUCCUUUUCUUCUUUCAGGAUGAAAAUAUGGUGAAUUUCAUAAAAGGAGGAAUCAAGGUGCGUAGCAGCUACCUCAUCUACAGGUGAGUUGUGGUGACAGCUGGCAGGGCUGGAACAGCAGAGCAGUAUUGAAUCGCAGGUAGCACAAAGUUGGGAAUGAGAAGCAGCACCAGUGAAGGGUUUGAGAUGAAGAAGACGGGGCAGGACAACUGGAUUCCAUGCCAGGUUCAUGAAGGGAGAAGUUUCUGGGACAAUCUGCGCAUGCAGAGAAAUUCAGGUGAUACAGAAUCCCUGCACCUGCACCAGAAUUUUUCUGCUGGUUUGCUAGAUGUGUGUGUGUGUAAGAAAUAUUCAAUCUCUCCCUCCCUCCUCCCUCUCUCUUCCCCCUCCAUUUGAGCCUGGAACAUGUGAUUUAUCUUUGUGUUGUACGUCAGCGGAGGAAUGUGUGUCAGAAAAGUCUGAGAUGUAGCUACUGCUCCAGCAUGCAUCCCACAUAGUGUCAGGAAACCACUCCCAGUUUUGGGAUGCUUACACAUGAGAAACUGUCUGUACCUGAGAGGAGAGGAAAGAAAUGUCCACUUGCCCACUUACUUGCCAGAUUAGCAAUGUAUGGAAAUGGCCACAAGUGUCAUGGACAUCUCUGGAAAAGUGGGACAGCAAUAUCGGUGGCCAUCCAGGGCAUGACUGCCUUGCUCAACAAGCAUUUUCUAGACUGACCAUUCCUGAAAUGUGUGUUGGAUGUUUGAAUCCGGAACAUAGUCCUUCUUUGCCUUAAAGCAAUGUUGUGGGGAAGGGGUGCGGGUGGGAAGGAAUUGCAUUUCCUAUUCACUCAUAUCCCGUGUCACAACAAUGAAGUAUCUUCAAACUCUGAGACUCAAGGUCAGGGUGGGUGUGGUCUAGUGGUUAGAAAAACUGUGAGCUCGGAUGCCUGGGUUCCAUGCUUCACUCCUGGUAGGUGAAGGUGCAAUGGGCUUUUCUAAACCUUCUUACAUUUGCAGGGAGCUCAACAGCUUCAUCCAGCCCAAUCAGCUGCCAUCAAGUUCUCCUUGUCGCGCCCAUCUGGAGGGAGGAGUUGCGCUGGGCAUUGGUGCCUUCAACUUGGUGAGUCUGCACACUCUUCCCCAGCAGGUAUAAGGACAGAAGCUGAGUUACAAGCAGCAGCCCGUUGGAGUUAGUCAUUUUUGUCUCUCUUCUCCUUCCCUCUGAAGGGAGUAGCUUCUCUGUAGUUGUUGCUGGGCUGCAGCUCCCAGCAUUCCUGGCCAUUGGCCAAGCUGGUGGAACUUGGGAGUCCUAAUAACAUCAGGAAGGGACCACGCUGUCUGCUUCUGAUGUGUCCAUUUGCAAGUGGACCACACUCGAAAAGUGGAGCUUUCCACUGCUGAAGAAAGGCAAAGUCUAGGAGGAGGAUUUCUCCCCACGUGUGUCCGUUGUCAUUCAUGUCAAUGUCUUCCUUCCACAGACGCUCUCCCUUUUCCCACCCCGGAUCCUGAGACUUCUGGAAUUUGCAGGGUUUUCAGGGGACAAGGUACGACUGCCUGCCUGUGUGUGUGUUUGAAGAGGCAGAAUGUGGUCUGCUAAUGGACACGAUUAUUUCUAGAUAUACAGUGGUAUCUCGGGUUACAUACGCUUCAGGUUACAGACUCUGCUAACCCAGAAAUAGUACCUCAGCUCUGGCAGCACGGCGGCAGCAGGAGGCCCCAUUACCUAAAGUGGUGCUUCAGGUUAAGAACAGUUUCAGGUUAAGAACGGACCUCCGGAGUGAAUUAAGUACUUAACCCGAGAUGCCACUGUAAAUGCUGUCAUUUACCUAUCUAGCUCUGUAUAUCUACUUUGAUGGGGAGCAUCUGUCUGCGACCUGGGGCAGAGAAAGCUCUUUCCCAGCCCUGCUUUCUGAGCUCAGUUUGCCUGGAGAUGCUGUCAACGGGACACGGGACCUUCUGCAUGCUCUAGCACCCAUAUAUAUAUAUAUAUAUAUAUAUAUAUAUAUAUAUAUAUGCCCUUAAGAUGUGCAGAGGCUUUUCUAGGGAUCAAGGCAAUUAUUUCUUCCUUCCUCUAAUGUAACUGUAGACCAGGGGUCAGCAAACUUUUUCAGCAGGGGGCCAGUCCACUGUCCCUCAGACCUUGGGGGGCGGACGGCGGACUAUAUUUUGAAAAAAAGAAAGAAAAUGAACAAAUUCCUAUGCCCCACAAAUAACCCAGAGAUGCAUUUUAAAUAAAAACACACAUUCUACUCAUUUAAAAACUGAUUCCCGGACUGUCCGUGGGCCGGAUUUAGAAGGUGAUUGGACCGGAUCCGGCCCUCGGGCCUUAGUUUGCCUACCCAUGGUGUAGACCAGGCACAUCCAACAGGUAGAUCGUGAUCUACAGGUAGAUCACUAGAUGUCUGUGGUAGAUCACUGGCUCCUCCCAAAGAAGCCCAAGGAACUUGGCUCCCCUAGACAUUUUAGCCCUGCAGCUCAUAAAAAGAAGCUCAACAACAACUUUGACCUGAACCCCUAAAAAACAGGGCUUUCCUUCCUAAAAAAACUCAACAACUUUGACCUGAACCCAAAAGGGGGUUGAUCACUGCCCAGUUUUUACCUCUGUGAGUAGAUUGCAGUCUCUUGGGAGUUGGCCACCCCUGGUGUAGACAACACCAACCAGAUAUUGUUGGACCAAAAGUCCCAACCCGGGACCAGGAGGAAGGGAUGCUGGAUGAAGAUUGGAUUGUUUAUUUCUUUUUUUUAUUAUCAUUAGGAUUGUUCUAUAAAAUUGAUGAAUGCUAGAAAAAUGUUGAAAUGAAAUUACUUGGCUCUUGUAAAAAUGUCUAAAGAAUUUGGUAAGAAUGUUAUGGUUAGGAGAAGUUGGUAAAAAUAAGAUUUAAGUUUUAAACUUUAAGGUUUUCUAUAAGAUAAGAUGAAAAUAGAUUAAGGUAAUGUAAUGACAGAAAACUAUGAAUUAUGGAAAGGAUUUGCUGCGAUUAUUAUUAAUCAGGAUACAAGAAAAGGGAGGAGGAGGAGGUCAAAGAAAGAAGGUAUUGAAAGGGGAGAAUUUGAGAAUGAUGGUUUUAUUUUUUCUUUUUCUUUUUCUGUCUUGUCUUUUUCUUGUGUAAUUUUUUUUUAAAAAAUUCCCAAUAAAUAUCAUUAAAAAUAAAUAAAUAAAUAAAAGUCCCACCAUCCCUGGCCAUUAGCUGGCUGGGAUUGACAGGAGCUGGUGUCUGACAUCUGGAGGCCACCUCACUUGCCUAAUCCAAGCCUACAAAGUGGGUGGGCCUGACCUGAACCUUUCUAUGUUUUUAGAGGUGCCACUGAAGCCGUGUGUGAUCUGACAGGCACAUCUAAGGACUUGGAUCUAGAAUGCUUUCUGUUCAUAGUUCUUGUACACACUCAAGACUUGCAAGACCUGGAUCAGAUGGACUGGCAAAUAACACCCAAAUCCUGCAGCUGAAGACCCUCCCAAGUGCCCCUGUUUUCCAGGGACAGUUCCAGAUUUACAGAAGCCGUCCCAGUUUCUGAUCUCCCUAUUUUCAUCAGAGAAAUGUUGGGAAAUAUGGAGUUAUCUGACCCCUGAGCCAUCUGAAGGCAGUCCUGUAUAAGGAUUUUUUAAAAUGUUUAAUGUUUUAUUAUGUUUUUAUAUUAUGUUGGAAGUUGCUCAGAGUGGCUGGGGCAACCCAGUGAGAUGGGUGGGGUAUAAAUAGUAAAACACCACCACCACCACCACAAUUAUUAAUAUCAUCAUCAUCAUCAUCAUUUUAAAAAGUUUUUUUGUUUAUUUAUACUUUUCAAGUUUAUACAUUUCACUAAUUUUAUACAUUUCACUAAUUUUACAAUCAUAUUGACAUUUCAAAACUUGACUUCCUUCCCCCUCUUCCUGUGGUUCCUUAAAUUUAUUUUUUAUAUCUUCUGCAUAUCCAAAGUAACUUAAUUUGCUCAUUUAAUAAUCUUCUUUAAAUAUACACUCUUAUAAAACUUCAGGUUAUUACAAUAAUCCUGCCAGUGUUUUUAUCCGUUUAUAAUUUAUCUGUAAAUAUUCAAUAGACCAUUUCCAUUCUUUUAUAAUAAAAACUUGUUAUCUUGAUUUCUUAUUAUUCUGGUAAAUUUUGCCAUUUCUGCGUAUUCCAUAAGUUUUUGUAUCCAUUCUUCCUUUGCUGGGACUUCUGCUUUUUUCCAUUUGGGUGCAAGUCCCAGUAACAUUCUUGCCACUGUAGUCGUAUACAUGAAUAAGUUCCUAUAAAUUUUAGGUACCCAGAACUACCGGUAUCUAUUAUUGUUAUCAUCAUUGAAUAGUACAUUCCUAUUGUCAUCGGAGAAAUGUUGGAGGCUAUGUACUUGCCACCUCAAGCCAUUACUUCUGGUUCAGAGACAGCCCUGAUAGUCUUUAAGGCUAUCUAUUGUGUGCUGUUUCGUCCCUCAUGCUGGGAUGGGUGCUGAUAUGUUUGUAGUAGGCCUCUGCACCAGCUUGUUCUUUGAUUAGCUGAGUAUUUCCUGGGGAAUCAUUCUGGUAAAGCCGGGUCUGCUCAUCCAGAGACCUGUGCUGAAUGGAACUCUCACAUGGCUGAUCUUUGCUGCGUUUACCUACAAAGAGCUGUUCCCUCCGACUCUCUCUCUCAACCCCCACCUUAUUUUUAUUUCUUCUUCCCCACCAGGAUUACGGCCUGCAGCAGCUGCAUCAGGGGGCCACCACAGCCAACCUGCGGGCCUUGCUUUGUACAAUGUUGCUCCUCUGCUACUACACCUUCCUUACCUUCGUCUUAGGUAAAGUCUUCUCUCCACCUUUGGGAAGCAGAAUAGAAAAUGGUGGCCUAUAACUGGGUUGGCAACAGUAAGGCUGGGGGUCUGGGGGUCCUUUUCCUCACUUGGGGGCUUUAAUUCCAUGACCUGCUUAGGGUCAGUCCUUCGGCUCAGUAUCUGCUCAGAUGCAACGUCUCCUGCCACGACUGGCUUAUGCCACUUCAUUGGGGUCUAUGCGAAUUCUUCUGAUUACAGAAGUUGGUUUCUGGGGGGAACUGAAGGAGGUCCCUGAGGUGGGUGAGAGGAGGGAGGGAGGGAGGGUGCAGAAUUCAAAUCCUUCUAAUAUUGACUGAACUGGGGCUGGAGAUGUGUUGUGGUUAAGUAUGAACUGCAAAGUCCUCUGAUCAAGUUUCCUUUCAGCCAUGAGCUCGCUAGACUUGGCCUAACAGCUUCAAAUUACCAAAUGGGAGAGAAGCUGGUGGUGCAAAAUAUCGUGGUGGUGCAAAAUAUUGUGACCUUGCUCUGCUUAGGGACAUCAGGGGAGAGGGUGCCCUUUGGGAAGAUGCUUACACCCCCCUCUUUCUGUGCUCCCACCAGGGAUUGGUGAAGACAAUUUUACAGAGGCUGAGGCCCUUCUGAGUCCGUACCUCGCCCGCUACCCUAAGGUAAGGCACUGUGCGGAUGAUUUGCAAAGUGCUGCAGGCUUUACAGCCACUCACCUGAUACCUGUGCAGUCACAUGCUCCUCACUGGAGAUCUAUAAAGAAGCACCCCUAGCCUAAUGUUCCUAAGAGGGACCAGUUAGGCUUUACCUGCCCCACUCUGAGGCAGUGGUGUGGUGCUCAAAUUACAGUGGGGCUGGGGCACAAUUCCCUUUUGCGUCAGCCCCUUUAGCUACUAUUUCCAGAAGGCUAGAAGGCGACCUGUGGAUUGGCUAAAGUUGAGUGUGGUGGUGGAGCUGGUGGCUUUCAUUAAGGACUCCUCUCCUUCUUCCCCCCCCCCCCAAAUUGGAGCACUACUGCAGCAGACAGCAUGCCUUCUGGUUCAGGGUUUUUGCCAUAUUAAGAUUGCGCUCUUUUUCUCUCUUCCCAUCCCUGUCUCUGUGCCCCGUGUCUUUUUCAAGACUCAGGCUGACUCUGCAUAAGCAGCGGAAUGGAUUGGUAGAAUGGACUGUGCCAUUUCGGACCACAGGUGGGGGAUCUUUUUUGUUUUUUGUUUCCCUCCCCUAAAUUCUCCCUUGGAUAUACGUCUCCUUGUAGGCAGAAACCUAGCACACCAGGGAGGGAAAUGGGAUUAGAACAUUUGCCCGCAAUGGGCUGGCUUUCUUCUUGAAAUGCAUUCAGAUAAAUGGGAUGCAUUCUAAAAUGGCCCCCGCAGUCUAAAGCGGCUGCUUCCCACCUUUGAGACUCUACCACAUCAUUCUGCUGCAUGUGCAGACCAGGCCGGCACCCUCUGUUGUGACUGGGGUGGGGUGGGGGUAGGGGUUUGAAUCUCUUGGAUUUCUGCUACUAGGCUUUGCGGCAGCCCCUGUGCCUGGGGCGGCAUUUGUGCCCUACUCUGGUGUUGCGCGAGGCAGAUCCAAAGCACCAGGCAUGGUGUGCUUAGAGUUGGGUGGCGGUUUCUCACAACUCUCCCGCCUUUUGACUGCUGCGUUGAGGGAGAAACCUAAUCUUCUCAGCCUCAGAAGGCCUCAGGGUCUUAAGACCAUGGUCCUAGGCCCUCAGAGAUGCUGUAGGAAACACCUGGCGGGUUCUUCUCUGCCCUUAUAAGUGGGUUGACCAAUGGGGCCUCUGGAGUCUUAGGCCACGUUCUCCUGCCGCCGCCGCCGCCACCUCUGAACAGGCUGCAGGUGCCCUCAGAGGCUGGGUCCAUGCUUUUCAUGCAUCUUCAGAUAUUGUGUGCUGGUCCCGUGGUUUACCCAAGAAGCGAGGUCCAAGUCCGGUCCGUGGUCAAAGGUGCAACGUGGAGGCAGUCUGUAGUAGCUGAAGCUGGGUGCAGGGCAGGGAGUCAGGUGAAGACAGGAACAGGCUUGCAAGCAGGGAGCCAGGGCGGGUCAGGAGCUCUGGCAGAAAAGCAGGACAGGGUUCAGGCAGGAACUAGCAACCAACAAUGUUGCUCCCGCAACUUGGGACUGGGGCUGGCCGGCUUUUAUCUGCCCCGAGGCAUAGGGCAGCCCCGAUCCUCUGGUGAUUCACCUCUCCUGGCCUGGAGGCGAGCACUCCUCCUGCGGAAACUUAGUUACCUCCGCCUCUCUGCCCUGAGCCUCUGUAGCUCAGGAGAGGCUGGAGGGUUACCGGACCCAGAGGCAACAUCGGCUUCCUCUGACGGGGCUGAGAGUGGAGCACCUGCAGGCAAUGCAUCCUCCAUCACCUCAGGAGCCCGAGCAGACUCAGCUGAUGCCUGCACCUGAGGAUCCAGCACAGGUGUGGACCCUUCAGGCUCAUGCCCCAGCCUCGGCUCAGCUGGUUCUGGAGGCGGGGAGUCCUGUGCAGGCUGGGAUUCCUCAGGUUCAGCAUCCGAGUCCGAAUCCCAGGCCAUCACAUAUUGUGUGUGUGUGUGUAUGAAUGAAUUAAUUGAGGAGUCUGAGCUUCACAUGCCUUGUGGCUCCCUGUCUUUCAUGUCUGAGUCCUCUUUCUCUCGCCUUGCAGAGUGCCAUUUUCUUAUUCUUCGCCGGGAGGAUAGAGGAGAUCAAAGGGAACAUCAAUGAGGUGAGAGGCGGCCGCACACAUUCUUACACCACCAAAUCACAGCUCCCCCAUGGCGAAAGGCUGGGAGUUUUGCUUCCAGUAUAAAGCCCUUCCCACUGUGCUUGCUAGUGAAAAGUACUGAGCUGCUGCUGUUGCUACCCUUCACCUCCUUUUUGGACUAACCUGGGCUUGGCCUCUCCAUCUCUGCCCAGGCCAUCAAGAAGUUUGAAGAAGGCUGCUCAGCCCAGCAGGCCUGGAAGCAGUUUCACCAUAUGUGCUACUGGGAGCUGAUGUGGUGCUUUGCCUACAAAGGAAUGUGGAAGAUGGCCUACUUCUAUGCAGACCUGCUGAGCAAGGAGAAUCGCUGGUCCAAGGUGCGAAAUGCGAACAGGUUAAUGAGCAGCGGGAUGGAGGAGUUAUUGUUCCCUGCAGGGUUUCCUUUGAGAUAGACCUCAGUUCUGGAAAGUGGGAGACUUUUCCCUGCUUCAAAUAAGAAGAGAGCACUGAGGUUAGGUGCCUUCUUCUGAUACUAGCUGAUCCACAGGGUUCUGGGGACCUUUACAGCCAAAGUAGCAGAACCUCCAGUAACUUCAGCUGGCAGACCCUGGAACUGCAAUGCCUGUGUGAAGCGUUGCCUGGAAGUACUUCUUUCCCUUUUAGUAUACAAUUAACCCAGCUCAGAAUAUUUUGCAGGUGUGCUAUGGGACCGGAGUUGCACCCUGUUCAAUGCGGCAAGGCACCCUGUAGGCCUCACUUUGUUAAAACUAUCACCAGCAUAAAUGGCUGCUAGGAGACCUUAUGCCGCCAGGCUGGCUUUGCCUUUUAUAUCAAGCUCUGAGUGUGUGUUCUGCUUCACAGCUUUUCUCCUUCUCUUCCCUCAUGCAUUGCAAGGCCCACUCAGAUUCAGCCUCUGAUGACUAAAGCUGAUAUCCUGCCUGCCAGGCUCUCAAUCCUACCCCUUACUUUCUGAAUGAGGUCAGAAUCCCUCAUCAUUAGUCACUAUGGCCAGAUGACAUGCAUCUGGGUUAGGUGUUUUCCAGGCACUCUUGAACAAUGGAAUCUAUUUUGUGUUGCUCUUGCUACAUGCCCCUCCAAGCUCUUGAAACUUCCCAAAUGCCUAGUUUGUGAGUGGCCAAUGCUCGGUUAUGUCUGCAGCUGGAGGGACUUUCCUAUGUGCUUUCCUUUCCCUUUUCCAGCUCAGUCAGAAGAGUCUCGCUCACUAUGAUUCCCAGGCUUUAAACUCCCUAAAGCAAACCUACUGCUGCCGUCCUCCCUCCCUCUCACCACCUUGCUCUGUCCCUGGUUGGACUUCUUCCCUUCUUUAUACCCUCCUUGUCUCCCUACAGGCAAUGUAUGUGUACAUGAAAGCUGCCUUCCUUAGCAUGCUGCCUCCAGAGGAACCGCGGCCUUUUGGUGAGGAUGAGGUUGAGCUCUUCAGGUAAAAGCCCCCCCUUUGUGUCACAUACUAGCACUUAUUGAGGGAGGGAUAAUGCGGGCUGAGUUUUGUUCUCUUGUUGCAACUGUAAGGUGCUAGCAACUAGAGUACCCCUGGUCUAGGAGCCUCAGUUCUGCAAGUGUUUUGCCAGAAUAUUUGCUGUGCAGAAAUAACAGCAGUGUUACUGGAGGACUGUUGUGUGAUUGGCGCCUAUCUGAAUGGCUGCAAGCUGUGGAUGAGGUUUGCUGCCUGCCAGCAGGCAGGCUCCUUGAGCGAGCGUAGCCAGAGUCCCUGAAAGUUGGAUGAAGCACUUCUGGGAGCACAGAGUCUCUCUCUUUGGCUUCCCUGUUGGAACAAAGCUGCAGUGAGGCUCUCCACCUUUCUUUCCCUUGCAGGCAAGUUUCUUCCUUCAAGCAGAAGAUCGCAGGGAAGUCUCCACCCACAGAGAAGUUUGCCAUCCGCAAAGCGAGGCGCUACAAAGCGAGCGAACAUGUUCCUCUGCCUGUGCCAGCCCUGGUAAGGGUGGAGAUACAUGACCUCUCUACGCUUGUGGGCAUGGGUGCGAGAGAUGUCAUGGUUUCAAGUGAAUGGAAAACCUUUUCAUGACCGUGCUCUCAUUGCCAGUUUUAUUUUUUAUUUUUUUAUAUAUAUAUAUAUAUAUAUAUAUAUAUAUAUAUAUUAUUAAAUUUUCUAAAUUACAUUUCAAGAUAUUCAUUUAAACAACCUUAAAUCAAUGACUUCCCUUCUUCUCUUUCCGUUGUUCAAUUUGCAUACCAUACAUCCCUGCAUAUUUUACAUGAACUAAACCAUUCAGUAAUCCAAUGUUACAUCCAUCAAAUCUUAUUUACACUGUUGAAUUUAUCUUAAUGCUACCAGCAUUUUAAAUGAACACAAUUUUCACCCAUGUACUCAGUAAACAUUUUUCAGUCUUCUUUAAAUGUGCAUUCUUCUUAUUCUAUAUGUUAAAUCUGCAAGCUGUGCAUCUCAUUGUUAGUUUUAAAUUGGUCCAGGGGCCGCACGUAGAAAUGAAAAGAAAGAGGUGUGCAUUUUCCUCUCAUAAAUCCUGAUGCGGAAAACAUAUUUGCUACGCUCUCACAUCCGAGGAACAUUGUGUCCUCCCACACCCGUCCAUUUGUGUGCAUCUAGUUGCACACAAGAGAUGCAUGUACGAGUCUCAAGAGGCAAGAAGCUUCUGUCUGCUUCCCCUCGGAUGGCAAAAAUUGUUUGAUGAGGAAGGAGUUGCUGCGGCCUCUGUCUCUCCCCUCUCCCCACCUCCGUCCCAAAUUCCUGCUAUCAUAACCAAGGCCUACCUGUGCUUUUCCCUCCCAGGAGAUGAUGUAUAUGUGGAAUGGAUUCACUGUCCUGGGCAAGCGCCAGGAACUGCUCAAGGGGACUCUAGAGACUCUGACACAGGCUGAGAAGCUGCUACAGAAAGCACCAGGUAACACACUGGUUUCACGAAAGUGGCAAUGUGCAGGUGGGCAUGCAGAGUUGCUAGAAUAGCAAAUUAUUUUCUGGAAUACAUGCAAAAAAUAGAAGUUGCAUAUCCUAAUAGCUAGGCACAAUAUUUAGAGAAGUAAAUAAUAUAAGUAGUACAGUGGUACCUCGGGUUACAUACGCUUCAGGUUACAGACUCCGCUAACCCAGAAAUAUUACCUCGGGUUAAGAACUUUGCUUCAGGAUGAGGCCCCAUUAGCUAAAGUAGUGCUUCAGGUUAAGAACAGUUUCAGGUCAAGAACGGACCUCCGGAACGAAUUAAGUACUUAACCCGAGGUACCACUGUAAUAGGAUUUGGGGGCAAGGUAGACAGGGACUGGAUCAAAGAAGCUUUUCAGUUUCACAGUCGUCUGCGACCGGACUUAACGGUCAGGAGUCCUUUUACCUUUACUAAAUUUAAAACAGGGAAAACAGGCAGAGAAAAACAGGACUCGACAUUGCCCCCUGGUGGCACAAUGUUAUAUAUACAACAUAUAUAAAUUGCUUUUUCUUUACUGCACCAGUCCAACUGAUUGCGGGGACGAAAUGACACGCUAAAAGUUUGGGAAAUCUUGAUAACCUCUUUUAGUUUUCAAAUCCUUGUCAGAAACUUGGCAGAAUUUCUCUGAAACCAUGAGAAGGCAAGGUCACAAUAUUUUGUACUGGACUUCAAAGUUACGAUUCCUUGAUCCUGGGAAAUAAUAUUUGGAGCCUUCCUUUUUUGGCCUGUUUUUUUACAAAGUGUCUGUUCUGGCUCACAAGUAAACGAGGCAGGGAAAUUUAUGUAAGCGGGGAAACACUGAGUUUUCCUUCCUAGUUGUAGGGUUGAGAAAAAAGGAAGUGUUUGCUGACCAAUAAUCUGAAUGCAUAUGAACUGCCAACUGCUCCUCAAGUGUGGAGUUGGGGGCAGCAACUGCUUAGACUGGUUCACCUCUCUUUUUGCUGUUUUUCUUCCUAUUCUUCCUCAUUACCUUCAGCCAGUGAGCACCAGGUGGACGACCGGUGUCUGGUGCUUCUUCUCAAAGGCCUGGUCCUGAAGCACUUGCACAGUUCGGCUGAAGCAGAGGCUUGCUUCAGUGCUGUCCACGGCAGGUGAGAUUCCCAAGAGUUUCCAGUCCAUUUGGAGGAGAAUAUGGGUUUUUCUUUAAUGAGCUGGGCUUUCCCCAAAGUAAGGAUCAUUCUGCCUGGCACAGAAAAAGGGCUUCAGGCCUCCUCUCUUAAGGCCUCACUUUUUAGAUGGCUGAAAGUAAUUAGAUGCUCCUCAAGGAGUAAGUUGCUUCCCAUUCUACCUACAAUCCUCUGCAAACACAACAAUCUGGUUCCCAUUUGUGUUCCACCUCUUAUUAAUUCAUAUAUGUUCAUUCCAUUCCAAUACCUCUUUCCAUAUCCACCUACCCAGACCCUGAUAUCAUCUUAUGAGGCCUUCCUUCGGGUGCCUCCUCCUUGAGAGGUCGGGAGGUUGGCAACACGAGAACGGGGCCUUCUCUGCAGUGGCUUCCCCAGGGAAGUUCUCCUGGCGCCUUCAUUAUACACCUUUAGGCGCCAGGCAAAAACGUUCCUUUUUAACCUGGCCUUGGGUUGGACUGAUUUACAUCCCAUGCCCUUUUAAAAUUGUCUUUUUUUGGGGGGGUAUUGUUUUUAUUUUUAUUAUGUAUUUUGUGGUUUUAUAUCUUGAUUUUAUUCUGUGAACCACCCCGAGACAUCUGGGUAUAGGGCGGUAUAUAAAUUCAAUAAAUAAAACAAAUCAAGACCAAGUAGACCUUUGCCCUAAACCCAGCCACUUUUCAUGCACAUGUUUGCCUCCUUGUCUGCAGUGAGAAGAGGAUCCGGUAUGAUCACUACUUGGUACCCAAUGCACUGCUGGAGUUGAGUCUCCUCUAUGUGGCACAAGGUCGUAAUGAAGAGGCUGUGCAGCUGCUUCGUCGGGCGAAGUAAGUGAGCCCCCGGUUUAUUCCACAAUGCUUGGCUUUAAGAAAGAGAGCAAAAGCUUCCUCGGAAGCUCUUGCUACCCUGUAAUGUACAGGUGAAACUCGAAAAAUUAGAAUAUCGUGGAUUGAAUAGCUACUGCACCUUUUCACAAUAUUCUAAUUUUCUGAGAUUGUUAAUUUGGGGUUUUCAUCAGCUGUAUGCCAUAAUCAUCACAACUACAGUGGUACCUCGGGUUACAUACACUUCAGGUUACAGACACCUCAGAUUACAGACUCUGCUAACCGAGAAAUAGUGCUUCAGGUUAAGAACUUUGCUUCAGGAUGAGAACAGAAAUUGUGCUCCGGUGGUGCAGCAGCAGCAGCAGCAGGAGGCCCCAUUAGCUAAAGUGGUGCUUCAGGUUAAGAACCAGUUUCAGGUUAAGAACGGACCUCCAAACGAAUUAAGUUCUUAACCUGAGGUAUCACUGUAUAACAAAUAAAGGCUUGACAUAUCUCACUUUGCAUGUCAUGAAUCUAUCUCGUAUAUUAGUUUCACCUUUUAAGUUGAAUUACUGAAAUAAAUGAACUUUUCCACGAUAUUCUAAUUUUUUGAGUUUCACCUGUAUAUGGAAUCCUGUAAGAUUUAUUAACCCCAUGGAGGUUAAGGAAUAAAGGUUGCCAGUUCAGCCACUCAUCCUUUCCUCCAAUCCAACCAUUGAAACUGCAUUCUGGGCAAUAAGAUCUUAGAACUAGUAACAUGAAGCUGCUUUGUACUGAGCCAGAUCUUUGAUCCCAUAUGAUCCCUAAUCCAAAUUACCAUCAUUUCAUUGGUUGGCUACUGAGAUGCACAUACCUUGGGAUGCUGUUAAAUACAAUGAGUAGAAUAGACACAUCCCAGGAUAUAACACCUGCUGGUUGCCUCUUCCUACAGGAACAACUACAAGAAUUAUUCAAUGGAGUCACGCACUCUCUUCCGGAUACAUGCUGUAUUGUCCAAACUCAAGGCCUGCCAGGAAGAAAAUGGUGCAGUUGGAGACAGCCCUUCCUAGGGAAUGGUGUGUUUCCUGCCUUCUUUCUCGAAAGAGGAGGUGAACUGUUGCUCUCAGGAGCACCUAGACCAAAGAGGGAACCUGCCAAAGUACAAGGUCUUGGGAUGAUCCCUCCUUCCUCGGGUGGGUGUGUUUGGAAGGAAUGUGUUGUCGUCACCUGUUGUGCUGCUUGGCUACCAAUCUAGUGCUUGAUACUUGGUGUGUGGGAAUGGACAAGGCUUUACCCAUCAGAAUUUUGACUUCCAAGACCAGGAAGUAGCUGGGGAAAUAAUUGCUUGCUAAUCAAUGAAGCUGAAAGGAGGACCUCAUCUUCGUUAAUCAGCCUCCUCUCUCAAGGUCCUACAAAUGAAGGUUAAUGUCUCCCCCCUCCUCCAACAAUCAAAUCAAGACUUGGAAAUAACCUGAAGGUGUAGUACUCUCCACCUUCCUUUUUUUGGUUUACUAUCUCCUGUUUCGUUGGCAAAUCCUAAUCCCCUUUCCUUCUUGGUCCCUGAUCUUUAACUCAGCAAGCCACAGCACCCUGGAGCCUGCAUCCGGUGGCCUUUCAUUUCACAUUGGUGUUGAACCUGAAAGUUUAAGUCACCUAGCAAAGACUUCCAGCUUUGGCUAGAAACUGGGUUUAUCUCAACAUUCUGCUGUGGCCUUCUCGUUUUCAAAAGUGCAAACAACUUUUUGGUACUGAUAUGAUCGUUCUCCAUUUAAGGACAAAGUUUUCAAAUGUUGGAAAGGAAUAAGGAGGUGAUUUUUAGCAGUUUUUUGAAGCAGGGUAACAGCCAGUCCUUCAUGUCCUACACGAGGGUGGGUAAAUAUUUUAAGUGAAACCACCUCUGAGUAAUAACUGGACUGUGAUACUUUGGAAACAGCUGCGGGGCAAUGCGAUCUCUUCUAUCAUUUAAAUUUCACUGCUGCCCAUGUGUUUAUGUUCAUUGCUGAUCAUCCUGGUUAAAGGCAGCUGAUGGGCGUACCAUCUGAAAUUGUCUUCCUUUCAAUGUGGUUAUUGAAUUGGCCUCUAGUAACGAGUUCUACGGAUUCACCGAGAUGGGGAAUAAGAACGCAACCACUUUGCAUUCUUAUUUUUUCUAUGGUAGGUAGCACUUAUUGGUUCUGUAGAAGGGGGCAGAUCACAUCUGCAUUGGUAACCCUGUCUACCCAGAACUCUUCUGCCAUACUUUUUACUCAGGGUUGCUUAUUAGAGAUGUGUGUUAAACCCAUGUGAGAGGAUCAGUAUUAGAUCCACAUGAUUUAGUGUUGCUCAUAUCAUGAGCACACGUGGUAAAAUAUUUUUUAAAAAAUAAAUUUGCAUGCGUGGAGGCAGAGCAUAAAAGUGGCAACAGCUUCAUGCACCCUCUUUGCAUGGUCACCAUUCAUCUACAGACUGAUCUUGUGGAAAAUUCUUUGCUAUGGAGGGAAGCAGUGGCAUGCUAACUUACUCUCUUGCUACUCUCAUUGGCUCCACUCCUACUUUCAUGGAGAGAAUGCAUUAAAUCAAACGUAGCAACACAUCACUAACAGGAGGGGAGUGUGUUUUUGUGCUUGAAUUCUGCUUGCGGGUUUCCUACAGGCAUCCGAUUGGCCACUGUGGGAACAGGAUCCUGGAUCACUGGCCUGAUCCUGCAGGUUGCUUUUAUGUACUUAUAAAAGAUUGGGCACCUGCACACCCCAAUUUAUGAGCCCGGUUAAGGAAGAUUGAGGCUCAAUACAGCAAGCUCCUUUUCUCCUGCUCUGGAGGGAUGGGACUUGAACUAAUGGAUUCAAGUUACAAAAAGGAGAUUCUGAUUAAAUAUCAGGAAGAACUUUCUGACAGUAAGAGCUGUUUGACAGUGGAACAGACGCCCACAAGAGGUGGUGCACUCGCCUUCCUUGAGGGCUUUUAAGCAGAGGUUGGGUGGCCAUCUGUCAUGGAUGCUUUAGCUGAGAUUCCUGCCUUGCAGGGGGUUGGAUGAGAUGAGCUUCAGCGGUCCCUUUCAACUCAACGAUUAAAUGGUUCUAAAAUGCUACUAACUGGAUAAAGAACAGUCCUGUGCUUUGUGGUAGGGAGCCUUGUUCUAACUUGGAACAGCACAGGCCCACCCCUGAGAUAGAAUGUGAAUGUAUUGAAGCUUAUGCUAUAGCAGCAGCUAAACUAUUUCACCAUACCCUAAUCGCAUGGAAAAUGCAGGGGUGCUGCUAAGAACAAAAGAAGGGUUGCAAACAGUGUCAUCCUUGUGAGACUUUUAGAGCAGAUGCUAAGAGAACUGGCAUGAAAUUAACUCUACCUCAUCUGUGUUGCAGAGUAAACGUCUAGAACGACAGGCCUUGCCUUAGCUGUUCUCUGCCUUAUGUGCUGUGCUCCAUAGAAACAGGAUAUAGUGUUCCUUUUUUUAAAAAAACCAUGCACGCACAUGUGUCUCUGUCCCUUCUCUUUGGGCAAGCUUGUGAUCUGUACCUUAGUCCAGAACGUGGCACUUCCCCCAAAUUCCCCAUGUGAUCCGUGACCAACUCUGUCCCAUACUCACAGGAGCAUAGGUUGGAUUUGUGCUUGAGAGAGCCCUGCAAAGUUUGCAACUGAACACGUAACUAAACUUUUAAUCUGCAAGAGUGGGUCAAAUGUUUCAUCUCUUGCCAUCCCUUUCCUUACAAGAAUUUUUGCAUUGCCUUCCUGCUUUUCAUUAAUUACAUGCACAUUGCAGUUAAGAUGCUUCCCACAUCUUGCAUGAUCGUGUGUAGAUAAGUUAACACUGGUGGGCCUAUGACUUGGGCCUUUCACUAUGGGCACUCAGUUGGGGGGGCUGUAUGUUGUUUUGAGAGUUGACGUUAAAAAAAUGAAAAUAUGCUAAAAGUAGAGACAUCACACAGGAGUCAACUGAAGCAAAAUGCUAACCAAAAAAAGAAUCACUAGCAAGAGAAGCUCGCCGCGGCUUCUUAAGCUUGAGUGCACCUCAAGUAAGGAAAAACAGACACAUACAAAAUCCUGUCGCUACUACUAACUGGAUGGGGAAGGGUGGGAGAUUUUUUUGUUGUUUUUUUAAAAAAUAAUUAUUAACCUAGUUUGGGAUUUAAAACUUUAUGUAGAAAUUUUGGUGCCAGCACUGGGUGAUUAAUUCAUUCUGACAAAUGUAUGUAAAAUAAAAAUAAUUUAUAUAAGGUGUUUUGCUUUAAUUUAACAAAAAUCCAGGGUUAAAGGGUAAGGCAUUUGUUUUAUCAGCCUCAAAAAGGAGGAGCAGCUUAACUGGUCGACAUAAAGAAGAAAAUGCUAGAGGUUACUUCACAACUGUAUAUGGAUGGCCACAUGGUGAUCACUGUGGAAGAGCGGCUCAAAUCUUUCAUGGAAAAACUGAGACAGAGCUGAACAUAUGUAUGUGUCCCUCCACGUGCUUUUAGAUAAUCUUAUGUGCACCUGUCCCCCCUUUAAAUUCUAGCUGUCCUAUAAAGUUCUGAAGGACUUUUAGGAAGAAACUUUUAAAAAAUUAGAACCUCUUCUGAAUUUCCUCCAAGUUCUUUAAGACUUACUCUAGCUAAGCAUGCUAGGGUUGUAGUUUUAAAAGGCCUGUAUCACUUUCAUUUCCCCUGCUUUCUGUUCAUUCAUUUGGGAUCAGCUCCCAAUGAAGGCUGUUUCGAAAAUGGAAGUCUGAUAGAUCUGAAUCUACAAUUGUUCCACUAGAGGGAAGCAAUCACCAUGCUACAAACAUCUCUUGGCCUUUCCAUUGUGGAAAAGGGACCAACAUAUAGACCUUCCCAGCUAAACACUUUGGAGAGGGCAGCCUACUGCCUCUUUUUACAGGAUACCGU